UAUAUAAUACAAGUUAUUUUAAAUCAAAUUUCACAUGGUUUCUGUCUGUAUUUUUCAUUACAUGUUUGCGCCAGUGGGUGGAGACAAUUAACUACUUUGUCAUAAAGUAAAUCGUCGAGACAAAGCAAUGCCUGUAAAAAAGAAUCUCUAUGAGAAGAGAGAGGAGGAUGUUCACACACAUCAAGCAGCAUCUUCAGAAUCCAGCUGUGUUUCUAUAAAGAGUGACAGAUCCAUGGGAAUCCCUCCUCUUCUAUGCGAUGGGGCAGACAUGGCCUUUAAAACAAGUAUCUGUGAGAUGAAAGAGGAGGAUUUUCACACAAAUAAAUCAGCAUCUCCAGAACCCAGCUGUGUUUCUGUUAAUAGUGAGAGAUCAAUGGGAAUCCCUCCUCUUCUCAGUAAUGAAGCAGUGACCUCUGACCCUGAAGUGAGAAGAGACAAUGUGAGCAGGCCAGUGACACCCCACCUGUUUCGCUUUGUCUCCUACUCUCAGAAUCUCUUCAGGAAGAACAACAAAAAAACAGCCAAGCACACAAACACACAGGAGACACAAAUGGAGCACAUUUCUUUCCAACCAGUGCAUGAUGGACUACAGAGAGUCAAAGACAAGCACAAAACCAGCAUGAAGAAGAGGUAUGAGAGAAUAUUAGAGGGAAUCAAAUUGGAAAGGAAUCAAACCCUCCUGAACAGUAUCUACACACAGCUCUACAUCAUAGAAGGAGAGAGUGAAGGAGUGAAUGAAGAACAUGAGGUUUUACAGAUGGAGAAAACACCCAGAACACAAGAUACUCCAAUCUACUGCAAUGACAUCUUUAAACGAUUACAUGAACCAGGAUGUGAGGAGAAAGAUGAAAUCAAGACUGUUCUUACUAAAGGCAUUGCUGGAAUUGGAAAAACCGUCUCUGUGCAGAAAUUCAUUCUGGACUGGACUGAGGGAAAAGCCAAUCAGGAUGUAGAUUUCAUGUUUGUGCUUCCAUUUCGAGAGUUGAACUUGAUUAAAGAUCAUCAGUACAGUCUUCACAGACUUCUGCUGGACUUUCAUCCUGAACUUCAAGAUCUGGACUUAAAGAUUUAUGAGGAGUGUAAGGUUUUGUUCAUCUUUGAUGGUCUGGAUGAAAGCAGAAUGACACUGAUGUUUUCAGAUGAUGAGAAACUUUGUGAUGUGAAUGAGUCUUCAUCAGUAGGUGUGUUGAUGUCAAACCUAAUCAGAGGAGAGCUGCUUCCCUCUGCUCUCAUCUGGAUCACCUCCAGACCAGCAGCAGCCAAUCAGAUCCCCUCAGAAUACAUCAACCGUGUGACAGAAAUUCAGGGAUUCAAUGAGCAUCAGAAGGAGGAAUAUUUCAGGAAGAGAAUCAGUGAUGAGCAUCAAGCCAGCAGAAUCAUCUCACACAUCAGAAGAUCAAGAAGCCUCCACAUCAUGUGUCACAUCCCCGUAUUCUGCUGGAUCUCAGCCACUGUGCUUCAAAACCUCCUGAAACAAGAUGACAGUGCAGAAAUCCCUCAAACUCUGACUGAAAUGUACAUCCACUUCCUGCUGACUCAGAUCAACAUGAAGAAUCAGAAGUAUGAUGAGAAAAACCUAAAGAAACUCUUGAGAUCCAACAGAGAAGUGAUUGUGAAACUUGCUGAACUGUCUUUCAAACAGCUGAUGAAGGGCAAUGUGAUGUUCUAUGAGGAGGACCUGAUUGAGAGCGGGAUAGAUGUCACUGCUGCCUCAGUGUAUUCUGGGAUUUGCACUGAGAUCUUUAAGGAGAAAUCUGUGAUUUAUCAGAGGAAAGUCUACUGCUUCAUUCAUCUGAGCUUUCAGGAGUUUCUAGGUGCUUUCUUCUUGCUUAACUGCCAUAUCACCAAGAAAAAAGAAUCACUGAAUUUAUUUCUGAAUAAAACAUGCCAACAGUACAGUCUCUCUCUGAAUGAUCUACUAAAAUCAGCAGUUGAUAAAGCUUUACAGAGUGAAAAUGGACAACUGGAUCUUUUCUUGCGGUUCCUGCUGGGCGUGUCACUGGAUUCCAGUCAGAGACUCAUAAAGGAUCUACUGAGACACACAGUGAACAGCUCAAAGACCAUCAAGAGAAUCAUAUAUUACAUUGAAUAUACAAUCAAGAGUAAUAUAGGUCUCUCGGCUGACAAAUGCAUAAAUCUGUUACUCUGUCUGCUGGAAUUAAAGGAUAAAAGUCUGUACAGAGAGAUUCAGGAGUUUGUGAAAUCAGAGAAUCACUCACACAAUCAACUCUCUCCGUCUCAAUGCUCAACACUUGCCUACAUGCUUCAGAUAUCAGACGAGGUGCUGGAUGAGUUUGAUCUGAGAAAAUACAACACAUCGGAUGAGGGUAGAAAGAGACUGAUACCAGCUGUGGUGAAAUGCAGAAAAGCUCUACUGACUCACUGUAAUCUCACUGGUCAGUGCUGUGAAAGUUUGUCUUCAUCUCUACAAACAUCAAACUCACUGAGAGAGUUGGACCUGAGUUAUAAUAGCCUGCAGGAUUCAGGAGUAAAGCUGCUCUCUAAUGGACUGAAGAGUUCACACUGUCAACUCAACAUACUGAGACUUGCUGGCUGUAAUCUCACUGAUCAGUGCUGUAAAAGUUUGUCUUCAUGUCUACAAUCAUCAAACUCACUGAGAGAGCUGGACCUGAGUAACAAUGGCCUGCAGGAUUCAGGAGUAAAGCUGCUCUCUGAUGGACUGAAGAGUUCAUGCUGUCAACUCACCAUACUGAGAUUAUCUGGCUGUAUGGUGACAGAGGAAGGCUGUUGUUUUCUGGCUUCAGCUCUGAGUUUAAACCCCUCACACCUGAGAGAGCUGGAUCUGAGCUACAAUCACCCAGGACAAUCAUUGGUCAAGCUGCUUUCUGAUCCAAACUACAGACUGGACCAACUCAAUUUGGACCAUGGAGGAGAGUUCAGGAUUACAGCAGGACUACGGAAAUAUGCAUGCAAUCUUACACUGGAUCCAAACACAUCAAGCACUCACCUGUCUCUGUCUGAGAGGAACAGAAAGGUGACACGUGUGACAGACAAGCAGCCCUAUCCUGAUCAUCCAGAGAGAUUUGAGUGUCAUCAGGUUCUGUGUAGAGAGAGUCUGACUGGACGCUGUUACUGGGAAGCUGAAUGGAGGGGUGCGGGGGUUAAUAUAUCAGUGACAUAUAAAGCAAUCAGCAGGAAAGGACAUGGUGAGAACUCAUGGUUUGGAUACAAUGACACUUCCUGGAGUCUAAACUGCUCAUAUGCCAGUUUUACUUUGUGGCACAGUAAUAAGAAAACAAACAAACCAGUCCCUUCACAUCUCUCUAACAGAAUAGGAGUGUAUCUGGAUUGGUCUGCCGGCACUCUGUCCUUCUACAACAUCUCUGACACACACACACUCACUCACUUGCACACAUUCAACACCACAUUCACUGAACCCCUUUAUGCUGGAUUUAGAUUGUAUUAUUCUGAUACUUCAGUGUCUCUGUGUGAUUAAACAGCUUCCUGUGAGAAACAACUGAGACACAAUUGAGUGACACAAAGAAACAUUCACAUUAUCGCUCUCUUUAACUCACAAAGUUUUGAACUCUUAAACUCUUUAUUCUGAUCUUAAUUUCACUUUGUAUAAACACACAUUGACUUUGAUCUAAAUGAGGCACACCACAAACUACUAAUGUUUCAAUAAAGACAUUUGUAAUGAUUUGUAUUGCAAAAAGCGUUAUACAACUUGUGCAUUUCAACAGAAGUUUUGUCUUUCUGAAUCUCUGAGCACCACCUGAAGGAAGAUUUAGGUUAUAGACCAUGAUAAGGAGACUGCAGAUCAGAAAUACAUUUUGGUUCAAAAAUAGCAAAAACUACGACUUUAU